GGGGAUGUUCCUGUGAAUAAGCAGAGGUGUCCUAUCCUACUAUGUGCACUAUGAAGAAAACUGAGCAAACAAAAACAAGCAAAAGCAGGUUUUAGUCUAAUGUCACAAUGGAUGUGCAGCAAAACAUUUUGCGCACUAGUCUCUAGUCUGUAAUGUUUUGAUUAAUCUUCUUCUCUAACUUUCGAAGAUGGACAAGGAAGUAAAUCCUCCAAUUGCCAAUAAUGUUAUCCGAGCCAAUGAAGAUGAUUCGUCCACCAAUAAAUUAGUGCCCGCAGCUAAUGCGUGCUUGGGAAAUCAGCAGGGUAUCCGGCAAGUUGCUUCUAGCAUUCACAACAAAGAUGACUGGGAGGUGGUAGUUUCUCCUAACAGAACCUAUGCAAGUCCCACUAGUGCAAGUGUAUCUUCUCAGUUUCACCAAUCAGAUGCAACUGAUGAACAUCACAUAAAAUCUGCUGAAAAUUAUAAUUGGCAAUCUACAAAGACUACUGUUAAAGAACGGUUUUCAUACAUGUUUAAUAAUGAAAUUUUGGCAGACAUUCACUUUAUUGUGGGUCGAGGAGAAUCUCAAGAGAGAAUCCCUGCUCACAAGUUUGUGUUAUCUGUUGGAAGUGCGGUAUUCGAUGCCAUGUUUAAUGGUACUUUGGCUACAACAGUAAAUGAAAUAGAACUGCCAGAUGUCGAACCAGCCGCAUUUCUGUCUCUGCUAAGGUUUCUUUACUCAGAUGAGGUGCAAAUAGGGCCAGAAACUGUGAUGACCACAUUGUACACCGCAAAAAAGUAUGCAGUUCCUGCCUUGGAAAAGGCGUGUGUUGAGUUCCUUGAGAGAAACUUGUGUAGUGAAAAUGCCUUUCUGCUUCUCACACAGGCAAGGCUAUUUGAUGAACCUCAACUUGCUGAUCUGUGUCUUGAGACAAUUGACAAAAACACAACCGAAGCAUUUGCUGCUGAUGGCUUCACUGACAUAGAUCUUUCAACCUUAAUCGUGGUGCUUGGGAGAGAUACAUUACGCAUAAGAGAAGCAAAGCUAUUUCAAGCUAUUCAGAGGUGGGCUGAAGCAGAAUGUUUGCGGCAACAUAUUCCUGUCUCUGGGGAGAACCAAAGGGGUGCCUUAGGAAGAGCUCUUUUUCUUGUUCGUUUUCCUUUGAUGACAGUGGAGGAGUUUGCAUGUGGAGCUGCCCAGUCAGGAAUUUUGACUGAUCGUGAAACUGUACAACUUUUUUUAUAUUUCACUGUAAAUCCAAAGCCAUCAAUAAGCUUCUUAGACAUACCUCGAUCUUGCAUGACAGGCAAAGAAUUAACUGUUUCAAGGUUCUCACAAGUGGAAAGUAGAUGGGGAUACAGUGGCACUAGUGACCGAAUAAGGUUCAAUACUGACAAGCGGAUCUUUGUAGCAGGUUUGGGCCUGUAUGGCUCAAUUCAAGCUGAGUAUGAUGUCGCACUUCAACUACAGACUCCUUCUGGAAGUAUACUUGCUUCAAAUCACUCUCAUAUUUUGUGUGAUGGCUCAAGUUGUACUUUCAGAGUUAUGUUCAAAAAUGCUAUAGAGAUUCAACCACAUGUUAACUAUACAGUUUCUGCUACGCUGCAGGGCCCUGAUUCUCAUUAUGGCACCAAAGGGCAGCGGAGGGUAGUUGUGGAUUGCCCUGGAGGGGGCAAAAUCACCUUUCAAUUUUUGUAUGCUGCAGGGCACAACAAUGGAACAUCAGUUGAAGAUGGACAAAUACCUGAAAUUAUUUUUUACACUUGAUUCAGAGAAAGUGCUGUGCUGUAGUCAUAAAAUUUAAUUUUUUAUUUAAUUAUUUUUGGUUGAUCUCAUAAGCUGAAACCUUCAUUUCUUUAUUAUCUAAAACUGGGCCCUUUUUUUUUGUUUGCCUGACUUGUCUUCUUGUUUUUGUACGCAUUUGUUGAGCUCAUUAUAUACUGAGUAGUUUUGAGCAGAAAACGUGUGGCUUUUCUGUUGAGAGUCUUUUCCUCUUUACACAGAAUAGAUAAAAUCAUAAUUACCUCUCUAAUAUAUGAUACACCACUAAAUUUUAGCAAACUGACGCGCCUGUAUUUCUAUGCACAUACUGUGGCCACCCUCUCCUUGUAAUAGUGUUUUUAAUUUCGACAUACAUUUCAAGUUUUUGUGUUUCCAAUUCGCCUCUUAUCUUUUGACAUUAGCUUUAGGACAGGGCUUGGAGUUUACUGAAUGUGUUGAGCUGAAAGUAUUGUCUCUGAUCCUCUGUUAGUUACCAUGAUUAUUCAGUAGAUAUUACCCAUUCAUGUGAUAUUAUUUUGUCACCUAUUGCAGAAUUACCUGCCAAUAAGUGUGUUUGACUGAUUAGCAAUAAUGCAAAAAGCCAAAUCCAAUAGUGUAUUUCUUGGAGUUUGUGUGCCAUCACUAGGGAAAUGAAAUGCCAUGAACAAUGCCAGUGACCGUGGGUUCUAAAAAUGGUUCCGAACUCACAUUUUCUGCAGAAAAAAAGACUAGUUCAUUUAACUACUUUACUCCUUUUGCCCUGGUACAAUGAGUGAAUCUUUGUGCAUUCUGUCCCGCUUUCAUAUUUAUUAUUUCAUGGUUGAAUAAAUUCUUUUGUCCAAUUUC